AUUAGCUUAGCCUUUAACAGAUCAAUUCCCAUUUACUUCAGCAAAAUACUCCAUAAAUAAACAAAAACCAAACUAGUACAUAAACGCAUAUCCUUUCCUUUCCUUUCUGUUAGUUCCGAUACCAUCCUUUCUUCUUCUCCUUCUUCAACCCAGUUUCAUCCUUUUUCUUUGUGUUGUUUCAAUGGCUACUCUUGCUGAUAUUGGGGUGUCUGCAUUUAUUAAUAUUCUUUCUGCAUUUGCAUUCCUGUUAGCUUUUGCUGUGCUCAGAAUUCAACCCAUCAAUGACAGAGUUUACUUUCCCAAGUGGUACAUUAGUGGAGGGAGAACCAGCCCCAGAAGGUCUAGGAACUUUGUGGGUAAAUUUGUCAAUCUCAAUUUCAUGACAUACUUUACUUUCUUGAACUGGAUGCCUCAGGCUUUGAAGAUGUCUGAGUCUCAGAUUAUCAGCCAUGCCGGUCUUGACUCUGCCGUCUUCUUGAGAAUUUACAUUCUUGGCUUAAAGAUUUUUGUACCAAUGACAAUCGUGGCACUCGUGGUUCUCAUUCCAGUCAAUGUGUCAAGUGGUACAUUGUUUUUUUUAAAGAAAGAAUUGGUUGUAAGUGAUAUUGAUAAGCUUUCAAUAUCUAAUGUUCAACCUCAAUCUGUAAGGUUCUUUGUCCAUAUAGGAUUGGAAUACUUGUUCACAAUAUAUACAUGUUACAUGCUUUACAAGGAAUAUGAUAUUGUAGCAUCAAUGAGGUUGAAGUUUUUGGCAUCCCAACCUAGACGUCCAGAACAAUUCACUGUGGUUGUCAGGAAUAUGCCACUUGUUUCUGGUCAUUCUUUAUCAGAUACUGUCGACCAAUUCUUUCAAAAGAAUCACCCUGAUACUUAUCUUUGUCACCAGGCAGUUUACAAUGCAAACAAAUUUGCUAAGCUGGUGAGGAAAAGAGACAGUCUACGAAAUUGGUUGGACUAUAACCAACUAAAGUUUGAAAGACAUCCUGAUAAAAGGCCCACUAAAAAGACAGGAUUUUUGGGGCUUUGGGGUCAAAAAGUUGAUGCUAUAGAAUACUACAAUCAACAAAUAGGGGAUUGCGAGAAAAAAAUGUCAUUGGAGCGGCAGAAAAUUCUGAAGGACUCAAAAUCUGUUCUUCCAGUGGCCUUCGUUUCAUUUAAAUCACGUUGGGGAGCUGCUGUUUGUGCACAGACACAACAAAGCAAGAAUCCUACUCUAUGGUUGACAAAUUGGGCCCCAGAACCUCGAGAUGUUUAUUGGCAUAACUUGGCUAUACCAUUUGUUUCAUUAAGCAUCCGGAAACUGAUUAUAUCAUUGUCUGUGUUUGCUCUGGUUUUUUUCUAUAUGAUACCUAUAGCUUUUGUACAAUCCCUUGCAAAUUUGGAGGGUCUUGAAAGAGUUGCUCCAUUCCUCAGGCCUGUGAUAGAAUUGAAAUUCAUCAAAUCAUUCCUCCAGGGUUUCCUUCCUGGUCUUGCUCUUAAAAUCUUCUUGUUCAUACUUCCAACAGUCUUGAUGAUAAUGUCAAAGAUUGAGGGACAUAUUGCUAUAUCAAAUCUGGAACGAAGGACAUCAGCAAAGUACUAUUAUUUCAUGUUGGUUAAUGUCUUCUUAGGAAGUAUCAUUACUGGAACAGCUUUUGAGCAACUGCACUCUUUCCUUCAUCAAUCACCAACCCAGAUUCCUAGAACCAUCGGAGUAUCCAUACCAAUGAAAGCCACAUUCUUUAUUACAUAUAUAAUGGUUGAUGGGUGGGCUGGCAUUGCAAGCGAGAUUCUCCGAUUAAAACCGUUGGUCAUCUUUCAUCUCAAGAACAUGUUUAUUGUGAAGACUGAAAGAGACAGAGAAAAGGCAAUGGACCCAGGCAGUGUCGAUUUCCCAGAAACUCUCCCAAGUCUCCAGCUAUACUUCCUUCUAGGAAUUGUCUAUGCUGUGGUUACACCAAUUCUUCUUCCUUUUAUGCUGAUUUUCUUUGCCUUUGCCUACUUGGUGUAUCGUCACCAGAUAAUUAAUGUCUACAAUCAACAAUAUGAGAGUGCUGGUGCAUUCUGGCCACAUGUGCACAGCCGCAUAAUAGCAAGCUUAUUGAUAUCUCAACUUCUGUUGUUGGGUCUUCUUAGUACCAAGGAAGCUGCCAAUUCUACUCCUCUGCUUAUUGCCUUGCCGAUAUUGACGUUAGCUUUCCACAAGUACUGCAAACAUCGGUUCGAACCUGCAUUUAGAAAGUACCCACUUGAGGAGGCAAUGGCUAAGGACAUUAUGGAUCAAACCACUGAAACUGAACUAAAUUUAAAGGCAUACCUGGCCGAUGCUUACUUGCACCCAAUUUUUCAGUCAUUGCAAGAAGAAGAAGAAGAAGAAAAGGUGGAAAUUAGAAUGGACAAACACCAAGUUCACACUGGCAGCCCAUUGAAUAGCGAACCAAGUUCCCCUUCUGCAACCCACCAUGUUCAUCAUUCUCCAUCCUCCUCACCACAGUAUGUCUAUCAUCAUUCUUCCUUUCCUGAUUACAUCUAUCCGCCCGCGCCUCCAUCCCAUGACCCCUAUCAUUACGAAAGUUGAGAGCCUUAAUCACAGUUGCAGUUACCAGCGCAGUUGAGUCUUAAUCAUAGUUGCAGUUACCAGCUUGCUGAGCUGGUAAGAUCACUUGUAAGUGCAUUAAGAGGUUUUGUGAUUGAGUGUCAGUUACAUUAGGAUACAGAGGUUUUAGUUUGGAUUUGGGUUGAUUUAAAUUUAUAAUGAUCUUAGAGAUGCUAAUCUGCUUACAAGGAGUCCUAACUAUUUUUCUUUUUGUAAUUCUUCCUUUUCAAGUUAUUGUUUUAGCAAUGUAAAUACAUGAGUUUAUGCUCUUUUAUUGAAAGAAAGUGUGAUGGUGCUUUAGAUCUA